AUGUCUGAAGGCCACUGGGAAACACAUUCUCAUUCAUCAUCAUCAGUUAAAGUUGGUGAUAAUCCUGCCAUCGUGAAAGGCAAAGAUGCAUCUGCUGAAGGUGCCUUUGAUCACGGUAAACCUAUAGUCACUGCUUCUCAUUCUUCAUCAUAUACCAAUGAAGGUCACCCAAAUACACUCGAAAUUAAAGAUGAAAGUGGUGCUCAUCAAAAAAGCAUUAAAUGA